UUCCUAUUACAAUUUAAUCUUGAAGAAAGCAGGACAAUUUUUAUCCAAUUUGCAAAUCAAUCUAUUGAAGUUUGCACUUUCCAUACGGGCAUAUUCUCCAACUGUUCAGAUGUUUCAACAGAUUGCAGCUGAUGAACCUCCACCAGAAGGCUGCAGUGCAUUUGUGGUUAUCCAUGAGAAGCACACCUGUAAGACUCAUGAAAUAAAAAAGCUGCUGAAGAAGGCUACUAAAAGACCCAGGCCAUAUCUUUUUAAGGGAGACCAUAAAUUCCCAAGUCUCAAAGAGGAUGGCCCAGUAGUUGUUCUUUAUGCAGAAAUGGGUACGAAAGACUUUGUCAAAUUCCACAAGAUUUUAUCUGAGAAGGCGCAAAAGGAGGAAAUUGUUUAUGUUCUCCGGCAUUAUGUUCAGAAACCAAGUUCUAGAAAAAUGUAUUUAUCUGGAUAUGGUGUAGAACUUGCAAUAAAGAGCACAGAAUAUAAAGCAGUAGAUGACACACAAGUUAAAGGAGCAAAUGAGACAAAAGAAGAGGAAGAUGAGGAGGAGGAAAGUGAUGUCCAAGGAUUUCUCUUUGGCAAAUUAAAACAGAUGCAUCCCGAUCUGAAAAAUAAUCUGAAAGAGUUUAAAAAACAUCUGAUUGAAACCACUAACAACAUGGAACCACUGAAGGUUUGGGAGCUACAGGAUCUUAGUUUUCAAGCAGCUGCUCGAAUUAUGUCUACCCCUGUUUAUGAUGCCUUAAAGGUAAUGAAAGACAUAGCUCAGAACUUCCCAAUAAGAGCCAGAUCACUGACUAGCGUGCCUGUAGACAAGAAAAUGCGGAAUGAAAUAGAAGAAAAUCAGAAGCAUUUUCAUGAAACCCUUGGAAUCCAACCUGGAGAAACACGUUUAUUUCUAAAUGGCCUUCAUAUUGACCUGGAUUUUUAUGAUCCUUUUAGUAUCUUAGAGACUCUUAAACUGGAAGGAAAAGCGAUGCAUGGCCUUCAUGAACUUGGAAUCAAAGAGGAGAUCCUGAGUAAAUUUAUGAGGUUGCAUAUACAUCCUACAGAUGACAGUUAUGCACUAGAUAUUCGGCACUCUUCAAUAAUAUGGUUUAAUAAUAUAGAACAGGAUCACAGCUAUAGCACAUGGCCUGCAAGCUAUCAGGAACUGCUAAAACCUGCGUUUCCUGGAGUUAUACAGCAGAUUAGACGCAAUUUAUAUAAUUUGGUACUUUUUGUUGAUCCUGUCCAAGAAGACACAGGUGAUUAUAUGAAGCUGGCAGAAUUAUUCUAUCAUCAUAAUGUACCACUUAGAAUUGGAUUUGUUUUCAUUUUAAGUACAAAAGAAGAAAUUGAUGGAAAUGAAGAUGUUGGAAUAGCUCUUUGGAGAACUUUUAAUUACAUUGCAGAGGAAUCGGACACCUUUCAAGCCUUUACCUCAAUAAUUAAUAUGUACCAUGAAAUGAAAGAUGGAAAUGUUCUAACAGUAAAUCAGGUGAAAGAUGUUCUUAGAAGCAAAUACCCCCAUGCUGAUGUUCAGAGUAUACUAGGUGUUCAUUCUGAAUACGAUGAAGGGAGGAAGGCAGGAGCAACCUUUUAUAAAAAGACUGGCCUGGGUCCAUUGCCUCAAGCUCUGUUUAAUGGCGUGCCCUUUAACAGAGAAGAGAUGGAUGCUGCAGAGUUAGAGACAGUUAUUCUUCAGAGGAUUAUUGAUGCCACCGGGUUCUUCCAGAGAGCAGUGUUCAUGGGUUUGUUAAAUGAUCAUAUAAAUGCAAUGGAUUUUCUUAUGGAUCAGCACAAUGUAGUUUCCCGUAUAAACCCCACUAUUCUUGGAGGAGAAAGAAGAUACAUAUAUUUCAGAUCCACACCUGUUCCAUUUGAUGUGGAAGACUUCUCUACUUUCUCCUUUUUGGACUCACAAGAUAAAAGUGCUGUAAUUUCAGACAACAUGAAGUAUUUAACAAAAAAGGCAUUAUCAAGUGAAGAAUAUGAAGAUGCAUUAUAUGCUGUUACUAUCUGGAUUAUUGCUGAUUUUGAUAAGCCAGCUGGGAGACGACUGCUUUCUAAUGCUUUGAAACACCUGAAAACAAGCAGUCAUACACGAGUUGGGAUUUUGAACAAUCCUUCAUCAAAAAUAAAGGAAGAUAACACAGCCAUUGCAAAAGGAAUUUUGACUGCUUUUCUAACCCAAAACAACAGCAACUUAAAAAGUUUCCUAAGUAAACUCAGUAAGGAAGAGACAGCAAAAUCCCUUGCUGCUGGAACUAAAAUUGCUAAAUUCCUCAUCCCAGGAAUGGAUGAUGAUACUUUUGAGAAGAAGUACAACACUAUAGGACUGGAUUUAAUUAAAACCCACCAGAUGUUCUGCCAGGAGGUUCUCAAGCUGCUUCCUGGGCAAAUGGCUGUUAUGAGCAAUGGCAGGGUACUGGGUCCUUUAGAUGAAAAUGAAUUCUAUGCAGAAGACUUUAAUUUGUUGGAAAAAAUAACAUACAGUACAUCAGCAGAGAAGAUUAAAGCUAUUGUCAAAGAGAUGGGAAACAGCAGUAGAAGUGGCAGUGAUUUGAUUAUGAAAAUAGAUGCCCUACUGUCGUCUUUGCCUAAAACAGAGAUGAGACAAGAUGCUGAAUUACUCAAAGAACAGCACAGCGUAGUAAAAGUCGAUCCCCGACAGAAUGAACCAUUCUAUGAUAUUAUUGCUAUCGUGGAUCCAUUGACAAGAGAAGCACAGAAGAUGGCUCAUUUAUUGAUUGUACUCAAAGACAUUAUCAAUAUGAAACUCAGAUUGUUUCUGAACUGCAGAUCUAAGCUGUCAGAAGUGCCGCUGCAGAGCUUCUAUCGUUUUGUUCUGGAACCAGAAUUAACUUACGGGAUCAACAAGCACCUUCCUUCGGAACCUAUGGCAAAAUUCCUAGAACUGCCAGAAUCACCCCUUUUGACUCUAAACAUGAUCACUCCUGAAAGCUGGUUGGUUGAAGCAGUAAACAGUUCCUGUGAUCUCGAUAACAUUCACUUACAGGAUAUAAAAGGGACUGUUAUAGCAGAAUACGAACUAGAAUAUAUAUUGCUUGAAGGACAUUGCUUUGAUGUGACAACUGGACAACCUCCUCGAGGGUUGCAGUUCACUCUGGGCACAAAGAAUAAUCCUGUCAUGGUUGAUACUAUUGUGAUGGCCAACCUGGGGUAUUUUCAGCUGAAAGCAAAUCCAGGUGCUUGGACACUGCGAUUGCGUAAAGGAAGAUCCAAAGAGAUUUAUCAGGUUUUUUCCCAUGAAGGAACAGAUUCUGUAGCUGACCUGACAGAUGUUAUCGUGGUAUUAAACAACUUCAGAAGCAAAAUUAUCAAAAUCCAAGUACAGAAAAAACCUGAUAAAAUGAAUGAAGAUCUCCUUACUGAUGGCACAACAGGAAAAAAAGGAAACUGGAAAUCAGUUACAAGAUUUUCAGAAGAAAUGCUAACAGAAGAGAAGGAAAAGAAAAGUGAUAUUCUUAAUGUUUUUUCAGUUGCUUCAGGCCAUUUAUAUGAACGUUUUUUAAGAAUUAUGAUGCUUUCUGUCCUACGUCAUACAAAAACACCAGUUAAAUUUUGGUUUCUGAAAAACUAUCUGUCCCCAACAUUUAAGGAUGUUAUUCCUCACAUGGCUAAAGAGUAUGGUUUCAAGUAUGAGUUAGUGCAGUACAAGUGGCCCCGCUGGCUUUAUCAACAGACAGAAAAACAAAGAAUCAUCUGGGGCUACAAAAUUCUUUUUUUGGAUGUUCUUUUCCCUUUGGCUGUGGAUAAAAUAAUAUUUGUCGAUGCUGACCAGAUCGUGAGAAGUGACCUAAAAGAACUCAGAGAUCUAGAUCUAAAUGGAGCUCCCUAUGGAUACACACCUUUCUGUGACAGCCGUAAAGAAAUGGAUGGGUACCGUUUCUGGAAAUCAGGAUACUGGGCAUCACAUCUUGGGAAAAGGAAAUACCAUAUUAGUGCCUUAUAUGUUGUGGAUCUUAAGAAGUUCAGAAAGAUUGCAGCAGGAGAUAGGCUUCGGGGCCAGUACCAGGCUCUUAGUCAAGAUCCAAACAGUCUGUCAAAUCUAGAUCAGGAUCUUCCCAAUAAUAUGAUUCAUCAAGUAGCUAUUAAGUCUCUCCCUCAGGAAUGGCUUUGGUGUGAAACCUGGUGUGAUGAUGAAUCCAAGAAAAAGGCUAAAACAAUAGACUUGUGCAACAAUCCCCAAACCAAAGAACCAAAAUUAAAGGCUGCUGCCCGGAUAGUUCCCGAAUGGGUUGACUACGACUCUGAGAUACGAAAGUUAGUGCAGCAAAUUGAAAAAGAGAAGAAAAAUCUAACAUCGUUCUUUCAAAAAGGUCUUAAGCACGAUGAACUAUAGCACAGCCUGUAAACAGCAAUGGUGACAGCCCAAUAGUCUUCUACGAAAGACUGAAUGGAAGUUACGAUUGUUACAUUGGCACUAUUUGUAACAUUCUUUAAUGUGAAGUCAAAUAUUUUAUAACUUAUAGUGUUAUUUAAAAAAUUUUAAAUGAAAUACAAAAACAGAAGAGAGAAAUCCACAGGUACUUGAUUUUUUUUCUUAACCAGUGUAGAGUAGCUUUCCUCAUUUCUUUGGUUUUCUUUUCCUUCUCUAAAGGACAGUUUGCCCAGAGGAUUUUAGAAUAUAAAGAUAGAUGUGUUUGUUCAGCUCUUCAAAGAUAUGUUGUGGCAGCCUGGAGGAGGACACACACGUCCAAUACAUACAUGAAAACUAUUUUGUGCAUAUUACGUGUAUUAAGCUAAUGUAUUUAAAUAUGAAAGAUUUUGGUUAUACAUCUAUAGUUUUGUCCCUGGAGAAAUGCUGUGGUCACAAGAAAAAAAUCUCAGUGUAGCAAAGAUACUAGAUAAAAAAAUAGUUUGUGUAAUUUAGACCACACAAAUCUAAGUCAAGUUUGAAGCUCACUAAAGCAAGGAGUGUCAUUUUUCAUUGAUUAUGCAGGAUUGCUGCACUCUUACUAAUUUAAAAGAAUAAUUUUUGAUUCUUAAGCUCCGUUUGGUCACUUGUACAGUAUGUCAUAGAAUUCCAUUAUGUUUUUUGGUUAAGAUUAUUUUCCAACCAGCAUACAUUGUAUCAGAAGGUCAGUACC